AUGAUUCGCCGAGGAGUCCAAAGACUCGGAAUCGGACUGACGCUCGGUAUCGGUUAUGACAGGCUAAUUGCCGACAAUCUUUGGGGAAUGCGAAAAUACUCUUAUUUUGAUCGCGCCUGGUCAACAGGGGUAGCAGCUAUUGGAAAGCUCACGUUCUUCGACGAUGGUAUCGGUACCCCUGAUCAAAUUCGCCGAGUAGAUGAAUACAGGGAUGAAAUUCUUGAAAACAGAAUUGAAGAGAUGAUUGACUCUUUCGCAGAAUCUAUCGUUUUGAAAUCGAAGAAGAUCGAUGGAGACUAUCUUUUAAUCGAAGGGGAACUUGACGCAAAUUUGGAUCUUGAUGAAGAGCUUUGGCCCAAAGAAUGCCGAAGAGGAUAUUUUCAGCUUGUUUUACCUGCUAGCGGAGAAGUUGAAGGAAUUGUCAUCCAAACGGCAGGCACUGGCGAUCAUGGAUUCAAGCGAAGACGCGAAAUCAUCGCCAAGCCAUUAUUGCAAGAGCAUAACAUCGCCUCCUGUAUCAUGGAAAAUCCUUAUUAUGCGAGGCGAAAGCCACAGAAGCAACAAUAUUCCGGUCUUCGAAGCUUUCCCGAUCUGAUCACGCUUUGCAUGGGUGUUGCUAUUGAAUGCAACGCCGUCGCAAAAUGGAUCAAAGAAGAGCUAAAGAUCGAGCGAGUAGGAGUCACUGGGUUGUCACUUGGUGGACAUACUGCGGCUCUUGUCGCCUCGGUUUCUCCGACACCAAUCGCUGCUGCACCUGGAUUCUCUUGGUCGACGUCGGAGGGAGUCUGGACGACAGGGGCGCUCUCGAAUAGAAUCGAUUGGAACAGCCUAGAAGCAGAUAUAAAAGCACAUCCUGGUUAUGAACCUUAUUUUAACUCCAUCGGAACAGGACUGACAAAAUGGCUCAAUAGAGAUGAAGAAAUCGCAAAAGAAAUAGAAAAUCUUCCCGAAUUGAAACGUGCGAAAGACGUCGAAGAAAACUUUGCCAAAAAGAAGCUUAAAUUAUUGGCCGCCCAUUUUUCGCAUUUGGGAAACUAUCCAGUGCCAAAAGACGCCAGCUUGAUUCACUACGUUGUUGGCGAGUAUGAUUAUUUUUACUCAAAAGAUCAGAUGACUGGGAUGGAUAGAGUUUGGCCUGGAACUACGGUUGAAGUUUUACCAGCCGGUCAUGUGGAUGGCUUUCUUUUAUACGGCCGCGUGUAUAGAAUGGUGCUAUUCUCUCUUUUCAAGGGGAAAGCCGAGAAGGACACUGCCGCGCUUCUUGAGGAUAUUGAGAAGAAGUUGAAAGAACUCAAAGAAGAUAGAUGUAGCACUACCGUUAGGAAGAAAUCGGCUUGUCGAAAGAUUCAUUAUUAUGGGGGUGGUUUUUAUGCUGUUGCUCUCGGAUUUAUGUACAUAAACUUUCCAUCUUCCAUCGAUUUCAUGGACCCAAGCGUAGUCAUCCCUAUUGGAACACGCGUCCUCUCUGUUCUCCUUGGUAUUCCAGUUCUCAUUUAUCUUCUGAGACGAUUCUCGGUCUUUUACUAUGAGCGGAAGUACAAGAGCAUCGAUAAAGACAUCAAGAGGAUAGAAAAAGAGAAAGACGCCUUGAUCGAUAAUGUAAUGGAAAAAGAACCGUAUAACAAGGCGCGCGAGAUCCUGAAAAACAAAAGUCCAACUGUUCGUCGACGAACUGUUCAGGGCAACAUCACGAGCAUCGGUCCUAAGAAAAUUGGCCCAAAGUCUGGACAAAUCGCUCAAGUCCAAAAUGUACCAAGCCCAAUCCAAAGAAAUCCUCAGCAAAAGCAGCCAAUGGUAAACCAGGGAAUGCGGCAAAGACCCCAGACUAUUCGACCUUUGCCGUCGCAGAAUUUGAACUCAUCGAGGAUGGACAAAAUCGUCGGCUGGAUGACUGGAUCAAGCCCAGAUCAAAUGUACGCUUUGAUUUGCAAGCAAUGCGCUGAACACAACGGUCUUUCACCAAAAGAAGAAUUUGACUAUCUUCAGUGGAGAUGUGCGUUCUGUGGCUUUAAUCAUCCUCCAAGAAAGCAACGACCACGUCCACCUAAGCUCCAAGAGCAACGUCCGGCUGAUCGACCCAUUUUCAAUACUUCUGCUGUCGAACCUCGACGAAAAUUAUCGGGCGAAUCAUCUGGAAGCGGCACCUCCAAGCAUAUCGCUCAAAAUCCCAAUCAAACAAUGCCUGUUCUCGCAGCCAACGUACGCAUGGAAAAGCGCGGAUCUCUUGGCUCUUCAAAGAGUGAUGAUGAGAGAAAAGAAAAAGAAGACUCAGGAACUGAAUCCGAUCAAAUCGAACAGAAUCAGAUGAGAAGCGAAGAUGACAACUCGACUUCUGCGAACUCGAUCUCUUCUGACGAAGAAAUGGAAACAGAGGCCUCUAAAGACUCUAUUCAAGCUGAAUCUAGCGUUUUGAAUGAAACAAUCGAAGCCGGUUUCGAGCAGCAAGAAGCAACCGCCAAUUAG